GGGUCAGCACCGAGGUUGGUGAAGACUAGCUGUUUUUUACUCAUUGGAAAGUUGAGAGUAUACAUUUUCCUUUUGGGCGAAGGAAAUAACCGUUUUGCCUACCCACGCCCAGAAAAUCAAAAGUAUUUGGGCUAAGGACACAUGGUGAUCGAACCCAGGAACUGAAUCUGGACCCAAUUACAAUUAAAUGUAACCGGAUCCUCCAUGAACCAGUUAGGAAAUUAAUUUAAUAGCAAAUAACACGUGUCAGCUCAAGACCACCCGUUACCGCUUCGCCAUACAAAAAGCAAUCAGUUGGGUAUGGCGGUGACAUCAUCAUCAUCGCCGCUAUCCACACUCUAUCUCUUCCUUCGACCGAACCGAAACCAUCGAACGCUCUCCAACGUUGUGAUAACCGCUGCUUCGAUCCGCUGCUUCUCGUCACCAUCACAACAAAUGGAUGACCAACGACAACCAGAAACGACGAAGCGCGUGGUGGUCUGUGGCGGCGGCGUAAUCGGUGUAUGCACGGCUUAUUUCCUAGCCAAAAAGGGCGCUGCCGUUACUCUCAUUGAAAAAUCCUCCGUAGCCUGUGCGGCUUCCGGAAAAGCGGGCGGAUUCCUCGCUCUAGAUUGGUGCGACGGUGGUGCUGUCGGGUCACUUGCGCGCGCUAGCUUUAAUCUCCACCGUGCACUCUCCGAAGAACUCAACGGACCCGAAUCGUACGGCUAUCGACCCCUCACCACUCUCAGCAUUACAGUAACCGAAUCACGCUCAUCUUCUCCGUCCGGUGACUCUACAAUCCCAUCUUGGGUCGAUGGGCCGGCACGUGGGCCCAGAACGAUUGGAUCGACCCAAACGACAGCCCAAGUACAUCCUCAAUUAUUUACUAGAACUCUGUUAAAUACGGCUGUUGAAAAAUAUGGUGUUGAGGUGGUGAUUGGGAAAUUGGAGCAGUUGCGGGUUCAGGGAGGGCGAGUUGGAUCGGUGGUACUUGAAGGAGGACGAGUUAUUGAGUCAGACUCGGUUGUUUUGGCACUUGGGCCGUGGACUGGAAAGUUUGAGAUGUUGGCUUCAAUGUUUAGAGUUUAUGGGCUGAAGGCCCAUAGUAUUGUCCUGGAGCCGAAAGAGCCUGGUGCUAUAACGCCCCAUGCUCUUUUUCUUAGCUAUCAUCUGCAGGGCGGCAAAGCCAUGGACCCUGAAGUUUACCCUCGUCCAACUGGGGAGGUGUAUUUAUGCGGGAUGUCGGCGGAGGAGGAGGUGCCAGAUGAUCCAGAGCAAAUAGUUGGCAACCCAGAGUCAAUACAGACGCUGAAGAGAGUGGCUAGUAACGUUUCGAGCCAUCUGGCUGAAGGAGAGGCGCGAGUGAAGGCAGAGCAAGCUUGUUUCUUGCCAUGUACCGACGAUGGUGUGCCAGUGAUUGGAGAACUUCCAGGGGUCAAGGGGUGUUAUGUGGCCACUGGUCAUAGUUGUUGGGGGAUUCUCAAUGGUCCAGCUACAGGUGCUGCUGUGGCUGAGCUUGUGCUUGAUGGACGUGCUAGCAUUGUUGAUCUUAGUCGGUUUAGUCCUGCUAGAUUUGUUGGGCGUGGAAAGGUUACGGUUUGAGAUGUGUGUUUUCAGAAACCAUUUUCAUUGAAGGAAGCUUCACUUUAGUGCUUCUGCUGUGAAUCCUUAUAAAGUAAGAUGAGCAUUGGGGAAUGUCACCUGUAGCGCCUUGAUACUACAUACAAUGAUACUUGCUACUGCCUCUUUGCCCCAACCAUUUAAAAAUAAAUAUAUACAAACUAAUGUACAAAUUGGUUUAUGAUAGAAUCAUUUGAAAUUAAUCGA